AUGUCGGACGUGACGAAGCAGUUUGGAAAGGGCCAGAGGACUGUGCCGGCUCAGAAGGCCCAGAAAUGGUACCCUGUUGAUGAUGAGUCGCAGCCCAAGAAAGUCCGCAAGGCUCUUCGUCCCGCCAAGCUCAGGGAGAGCCUCCAGCCCGGUACUAUUCUGAUCCUCCUCGCCGGCCGCUUCCGUGGCAAGCGUGUCAUCCUCCUCAAGCACCUCGACCAGGGUGUCCUCCUCGUUACCGGUCCCUUCAAGAUCAACGGUGUCCCUCUCCGACGGGUGAACGCUCGCUAUGUGAUCGCCACCAGCAAGCGUGUGGACAUCAGCGGUGUCGACGCCAAGGUUGUUGAGAAGGUCUCUGCCCCCGGAUACUUCACCAAGGAGAAGAGCUCCGAGAAGAAGACCGAGGAGGCUUUCUUCAAGCAGGGAGAGAAGGCUGAGAAGAAGGUUGUUGCCAGCGCCCGUGCUAGCGACCAGAAGGCCAUCGAUCAGUCCAUCUUGGCCAGUGUCAAGAAGGAGAACUUCCUCGGCAGCUACCUCGCCGCUACCUUCAGCCUCCGAAACGGUGACAAGCCCCACGAGAUGAAGUGGUAG